CAGACACAUGCCUGAUGAUGAUGAUGCACAACAAGAAGGCGCACAUCAACUGCCGCCAGCUGUUGGCGGUGGCUGUAGUUGUUCUGGUGACACUCUUCCUGUCUGUGCCCUGCUGCGCCGCCGCCGCCACCGCUGCUGCUAAGGAUGCGGCGACAUCCGAAGCGGUUGUGGAAAAUCAGCCUGUCUUGUUUGGGCAUGUUGGGCGUGAACAGGCGGCGUGCUCGGACGUGCGUGCUGCCCACCACACACUCACACAACAACUUUCCGCAGCCAUGGACGAAGAACUUGCGCACGGCACCAACGCCUCCGCCAAGCGGCUGCAACACCACUUGCAGGAGGCAGUGGCAACUGCAGCCGCGCUGCAGAAGGCCUUGGACCAUCUCUGCCCUUCAUCCACGCCCCUUGUCAUCCAAGACACGCACACCAGUCCGCUGCAGCAGCAACAGCAACCGCAGCAGCAAUGGCAACAGCAGCAACAGCGACGUGAGCGGCGUAGCGACACGAGUGGCGCUCUGUCUUCGCUGCAGGCGACCAACGAUAACAGCCUGUUGGAUGAGGUGCCUUGUCGGCUGUCAACUCUCAUCACCGAGGGUACUUGCCCACGACCAGUCCACACCCUCCCUCCUGGCUCACCCCUCUCGCUCCUCGUCGACGUGAACAUGUUUGUGGACAUGACAAACGCCACGCGGGCAAGCGCAGCUGCUGGACUUUUGCAGCUCUCGCUCACGGUGCGACCACGCACCUUCACCGUGCACGGCGCCAACUUCACCUUGGGCACCUUGUCCUGGGUAUUGGAGAACGCCAACUGGGAGAGCGUCAGCACCAUAAACGUUCGCGGUGUGGUCACCAACCAUCUGCACCUCAGCAUCUUCAACCCACUCAGCAACGUGACCACCAUCGCUUUCGCCAACAGCACGAUCGUCCACCUCUCGCAACGCGGUCCCAACGGCAACACGCACCCGCCCUUGGCUCGCGCCGCCCAGCUGACCCACCUCUUCCUCAACAACAGUCACAUUGAGAUUGUGGACCAAGGCACCUUCGCCGGCCUGCAGGCGUUGGAGGUUCUCUCGUUUCACAGUAACCAGCUGACACGUGUGGACAGCAGCCUGUUUGGGCAUCUCCCCAGCAUCCGCUUCCUCGAUCUCGCCUUCAACAGCAUUACCACAAUCGCAUCCAGGUCAUUCAGAGACCUGACCACGCUUGAAUUCCUGCGACUGCAGGGCAACGACGUGGAACAGCUGCCCGAUGACAUGUUCGUGGGCCUCUCACGCCUGCGGCAGCUGAACAUUGGUGGCCUACCACUCACCGAGCUUCACCCGCAACUCUUGGCGCCUUUACGGCAGCUGCGUUCCAUCCGCAUGCGUUUCCUGCAAGUCACCGCUCUCCCCGCCACCCUCUUCUCCAACAACCGCUUGCUUGAGACUGUCAACAUGGAGCGCGGCCGCGUCCACACCAUCCCCGCCAACACGUUCGCAGGCCUCAACAACCUCGACUUUCUCGAGCUGUCACAGAACAACAUCCCCUUCCUUGAUGCGGCCUGGUUUGGUGCCGGCGCCCCCAACCUGACGAAGCUGUGGGUCGUGCAGAAUGAGCUGACCGACAUCUCCCCUGAACUCCCGACACUGCUGCCGCGCCUCGACCAUCUGAGCCUGCAGCAGAACAUGCUCACCAGCAUCCCUGCCCAGGUGCUACGCGACCAGGACAGUCUUCGCAUCAUCGACAUCAGCAACAACAGGCUGCGCUCCCUCCCUGCGGGCAGCUUCGAGCGGCUGCCACGACUUCGCCACAUCUCCCUCGCUAACAACGAGCUCACAGCGCUGCCGUCGUUCCCGCUCCUCCCCGGCCUUCAAUCCAUCCGCCUCAACCACAACCAGCUCACGCAACUGCCCGACUUGCUGCAGUUCCCAGCCCUGAGGGAGUUCUACUUCAACAACCACCGCGUGCCACACCUCAACCUCAAUGCCGUCGUGGACCUGACGGAGCUGUGGCGCCUGGAGGUUGCCGCCCACCCAGACAUGCCGCCAGCCACGAUCAAGGUCGCGCCAACCGUCGGCAACAAGUUGGCAACGCCGCUGCGCGUGCUGGAUGUGCGCAAUGUGGACGUGCGUGAGGUUGCGCCCCUCUUCUUCGACAAUUCGCGCGUGCACGUGGAGGCGCUGUACGCCGGCUGGCCGGGCAUGGAUGAGACGACCGUGCGAACCGAAGACAUUUGCCGCUUCCUGAAGCCGCUUGACACCACGCUGCAGCUGACCAACACCGGGUACAAGCACCUCAACCUGUGCCCGGACCACGUGUUUGACGUGCUACUGCUGCAGAACAACCCGGAGUUGGUGAGCCUGCGCGUCACAUCGCCCGUGUCGCAGUUCAACGUGUCAGGCUGCACCAACCUGCACGAGCUGGCGCUGCCAACCGCGGACAUUCUCGACAUCAGCGGCACGCGCGUGCCCCCCGUGCGCUCGCUGUGUUCCCAGUGGGGUAGCGAGGUGGUGGUGGCGAGGAACUGGAAAAGUGACGCCCUCAUGAAAUCGCGCGAGCGUGUGCGUUCGAUGUUGGAACGGUGCUUUGUGUACAGCAACGUGCUGCUGCUUGACCUUAGCGACAACGCCUGGCUCGACAAGCCCGAGCUGGUGAAGGACGCCACCCUCGACCUUACCGUCCUCUCGAGCAACGAAGUGCUGACUCAGCAGUUUGUGUCGCUGGACAGCAGGGCCAACAUACCCAUUGUGGAGUUGACAGGCACGCCCAUCUCGUGCCAGCUCGAGCUCACGCACGUGCGGACGCGGCUGGUCCCAGACAUCUUGCAGCAGGAGUAUCGAUUGGCGUACUACCACGCCUGCGACUGUGCACGCGGGUAUGCCCGCAGCGGCGGCCGUUGCAAGCCCGUGACGCGCGACAUCACAGCAGCGGUGCUGGGCACGCUGGCGGGCGUGUUUGCGUUCCAGGGCCUCUUGUUUGCUGUGUACUGGACGUACAAGCGGCAGCGACGCCUGCAGACGGACAACGCGCUCAAGGAGAAGCUGCUGGUGGAGCGAGACGCGGAGGUGAUGGCGCUGAAGAAGGGGUGGGAGAUCGAGUACGGCGAGCUGGAGAUGCGGCGGCACAUCUGCACGGGCGCGUUUGGCGACGUGUGGGAGGGGCGCUGGGACACGGUGCGGGUGGCGGUCAAGGUGAUGAAGCAAGAGGUGUUGCUGUUUGACGAGACGACGAUGCAGGAGUUUGAGAAGGAGGUUGAGUUCUUGCAGCGGACACGGCAUCCACACCUGGUGCGGUUCUUUGGGGCGGGCACCGAUCCCAACGGCAGCCCGUUCCUUGUGCUGGAGUAUGUCGCACUCGGAUCGCUGACCGAGCUGUUGGAGAAGGAUUUGGGUAUUGUGCUUGCAGCGCACAAGCAAGAGAAGCGCGAGGCGCGCCACCCGUGCGAUGAUGAGUCAUCGUGCAUCACCCCAUCAACAGCAACUGCGGUGGAGAUGACGGCGUGGGACCUGAAGCAGCGGCUGGCAGGCGACAUUGCCUGCGGCAUGGCGUUUAUCCACUCCCUCGACCAAGUCCACAGAGACCUGAAGAGCGGCAACGUGCUGGUGUCGAGCGCGCUGCGCGGAAAGAUCACGGACUUUGGGUCCAUCCGCGAGCGUCUUCAGCGCCACGACCGCCACAGCAGCACGGCAAGCAGCAUGCUGGCCACAGACGACACGCCGUCCAUGUUCUCGUCUGGCUUGGGCCGCAUGCGCUCACUGCGGCGGCCCGACUCCCGCGCCGAGAUGAAGUACUCACGCGCUGUGGGCGCGAAGACGAUGCACCUGAGCAUGACGGCUGGCGUGGGCACGCCCAUGUACAUGGCACCGGAGGCCCUGUAUGGGCGGGAGUAUGGGCAGAAGGCAGACGUGUUCAGCUUUGGGGUUGUGCUGUGGGAGAUUGUGACGCAGCAGCAGCCGGACAUUAUUGCCCAAGAGUACGGCGACACCUUUGACGGCCCUUUGUUCCCCACCAUCAAGCAGCUGCUCGAGGAUGGCAAGCGCCUUCGCUUCCCAGACGAUUCAGAGGCCUCGCCAGGAUCGUCGUUGGCGCCAGCAUGGUUCCGUGACAUGGCCGUGGCGUGCAUGGCGCAAACACCAAAGGACCGUCCCACAUUCCAGGAGCUGGAGAAGAAGCUGCGGUACUCAACCACUUGAGGCAGUCCUCACUCACUCGCUUGCUCGCUUGUUCACUUGGUUGCUGGCUGUUAUGUUACGGCUUGCCUGGCAACGGCACCGCCCCCUUUUCCCUGCCACUUGUGCUCGUGAUGGUGCGGCACAUCUCCAGCACACAAUCAUGCAGUGUUCCUCCAUUCCAUUCCAUUCCAGUCUAGCUUGACCCGGCCUUCCUGUGUUGCUUGCUGUACAUGAACUUCAUCCUUGAUUUGCCUUGGUUGUGCGGCGGUCCUCUGGUUGCCGGCAAGCUUGCAAUACCACCAACUCUGGUCGGA